CUUCCGCGCAUGGCGUCAGACAGCCGGCGUCCGGAGCUAUCGACGCGGUCGCGGCCGGAUAGUGUUCGCUUGAUCACCGACAUCGAGCGCCGAAUAAGGUGGCGAGAGAGGUUUGCAUUUCGGACAGGGGAGCGAGGACAGCGAACGACGCCAUGUCGAGCGAGGGUGAGGCGGAGAAACCCAAGUCAUUUAAGCUCCUGGGUAUCCUGGAUGUGCAGAACAUUCCUUGCGCCCGAGAUUCUGUGCUGUAUGGCUCAGCUGGUGCAGUCAUCGCUGGAUUUGGCCACUUCCUAGCAACGAGCAGAAUAAAGAGAUCUUUUGACUUUGGUGUGGGGAGUUUCCUAGUUACAACUUUGGGAACUUGGGUGUUCUGCAGAUACCAGAAUGCAAAGCUGAGGAUCCAGAAUCGAAUGGUGCAAGAGGGUAUGAAAAACAAAGUCACAUAUGAAGGAACCAACAUGGAUCCAACAAGGAAAGCAGAUGGAAGCAGUGGAGACAACUAAACAGACAAUGCUUAGACUACUGUACCUGAGGGUUAAAUCAUUUACAGCCAGGAAGCUUACUUGUAAAUGAUUUCAUUUCAUACCUUGGUAGUUCCAGUGGCCGAUGACAAUGAAAUAUUCUCCAGUGUACAAGAGGCUCCCCGUGCAAGGAGCAUAUUGGUGACAAUAUCCAUCUGUACAUCUGUUGCAAGGAAUUGGACUUCUACUUUAUUUUGAUAAGGAGCAACUUCCAGGAUUAGAAACAGAAGAUGUUUGUAACACUUAAGAGGCCUAGAAUCAUUUGUGGAGAGUGAAAACAAAGGGACGAAUGACUUGCAAUAUUUCUUCCUCCACAUGCUGACUGGCCUGCUGAGCAUUCAGUGUUUUCCAAAUUUUCAGCUGUUUACAGUUACGCUUUAUGCUUCCAGUAUGAAGUGAUGCUCGCAAUUUAGAUGCACAGAUUUUCUUCUUGACCCUUCAUUAAAACUGCUGUAAUAUUGUUCACAUCUUGGACUUGCUUCUAUGUGCAAAAACACUGGAAUCCAAAAUCAUUGUUAGUUAUAAGGGACUGACUUAAAUUAAAGUUUUCAAAUAUGG